GAACUCUUCCUCAGCUCAAUGUCCCAAGUGUUAAAAUCUUGUUUUGUCAUCACCAAACAACACGUUUUUAGCCCGAAUGGAAUUGUCCUUUACAAGACAUGAGAAGAAUGCUAGCGGGACUUAAAAUUCUUUUGACCAAGAUUUGUUAGCCAAGACCAGAGAGGAAAAAUAAUCCAAGAGCAGGGCUAUUUGCACGUCCUACACAGCAUGUAAAUGCGAGUUUGAGUUCGGAAGUAAAGCCAAAAAUGGUGAUGCAUAAAGGGAUCAGAACUCCAUCCAUCUUCAUGUCAUUAUUAUUAAAACAGCCUAGGAUGUCCAAAUUAAAAACAUUUUUCUUGGAUUUCAUUUAAGCCAAUGGUGGUGUUACCACAAACUAGUGCUAUCCACCUAUGGUGCCAUUCAUUACAAUAAUGGCUUGUCAAGGAGACAAAUUGCGUAAAGGGUCUUGGCAGGAGGAGGAAGAUGAGCGAUUAACAGCUUCUGCAACUCUUUUAGGAGAACGAAAGUGGGACUCCAUAGCAAGAUUAUCUGGUCUGAUGAGGAGCGGUAAGAGUUGCAGAAUGAGGUGGCUGAACUACCUUCAACCCAAUCUUAAGCGCGGUCAUAUAAGUGCUGAAGAAGAGCAGAUUAUUAUUCAAUUUCAUGGGCAAUGGGGUAACAAAUGGGCAAGGAUUGCUCGAAGGUUGCCCGGUAGAACUGACAAUGAGAUCAAGAACUACUGGAGAACUCAUAUGAGAAAGGAAAUACAAACCGAAGAAGAAGGAAAUUUUCAGCCCAAAGUUUACAGUGCCAAACCAGAGUUGCUGUAUCAAAAUGGCGACAGUACUAGUGCCUGGAAAUAUAGCAUCAGAGACUACAACUCUGUUGAUGAUAAUAUCGGACCCGCAGGCUCUUCCUUGGAACAUUAUGAGUUACCAAGCCUGACACACAUGAACUCACCAUAUGAGACCAGGCAAUAUGAUUGGAUUCCAAAGUUGUCCAAUGAUCAGAGUCAAACAGAAGUUCAUGGGGAGGGUAAUGGUUUAGACUGGUGUUUCUGUGAUCCAGCUUGGAACUCUGAAGAUAGUGACAUUAGCACAUUGGUCUCUUUGGGUUCUCUCUGGGAUAUGAAUUGAGCACACACUUGAUAGUGACACUGACAGUUGAAUCGCAAAUAUGCGAAAGCUUCAAACUGUUAAAAAGAUGUGUUUUAGCCACGUUUGCUAAAUACCAACUUGUACCAAUAUGAUGCAACACUUGUUGCUCAUGAACAUAUACAUUUGUGUUGCUUUUACCAUAUCAUGCUAAAUCCACCGUACCUUAUCUUUCCAA